CAGGCUCAAGCUGGGAGUUGUCAUGGUGACGGUCGCUCCUCGGCCUUAGACCGGAAAUGACGUCGAGCAUCUUCUCGCGAGAGUUCCGUCGGCCAUUUCUCCAUUGAUUGCGUCUGCUCCUGGCAGUGAAGUCCGCGCUGUGUCUUCUCACCAUGAUCCCCGCCUGAAGCCUGUCACCCCGGCCGCGACCAGCACGGAGAUGGUGCCCGGAGAGGAUGGUCCCCUCGUACCCAAAGAGAUUGCAAAUGCUGCAGACGAGCCGCGAGUGCUGUGUAUAGUGCAAGACACCACCAGCUGCAAAACCAUCAACGAGCGAGUCACCCUCAACCUCCCGGCCUCCACCUCCACCCGCCAGCUCUACGAGGAUGUGGCCGGCAAAGUGGGCUACGUGAACGGGACCUUCAGUCUGAAGAUCGGCAAUGGAGAAAUGACAGAGCUGGAGGCCUCCCAGGACCAGACGUUACUGGACGCCGGUUUUGAGGCCGGAAAGAAGAAUUUUCUUCAAUUAACGGAUAAGAAUGGGGAACAGCCGCAGCUGACAUCAGAUGAGUCGGGGAUGGCAGACAGCAGCGGUCUGGAUGACAGCACCCAGGAGAAGUUUAUCGGGCCCCUCCCCAGAGACGGUUCAGUGGGCUGCACCAGUGAUUAUGUCAGCCAGAACUACUCCUAUUCAUCGCUUCUCAGCAAAUCGGACACCGGUUAUGUGGGUUUAGUGAACCAGGCCAUGACCUGCUACCUAAACAGUCUCCUCCAAACGCUCUUCAUGACACCAGAAUUUCGGAACGCCCUGUACAAGUGGGCGUUUGAGGAGGCAGAAGAAGAUCCGGUCACCAGCAUCCCGUACCAGUUGCAGAGAUUAUUUGUCUUACUGCAAACCAGUAAGAAGAGGGCGAUCGAAACGACGGACGUGACCAGGAGCUUUGGCUGGGACAGCAGUGAAGCAUGGCAGCAGCACGACGUACAGGAGCUGUGCAGGGUCAUGUUUGAUGCACUGGAACAGAAGUGGAAGCAGACGGAGCAGGCCGACCUAAUCAAUCAGCUCUACCAAGGCAAGCUGAAGGACUACGUCCGGUGCCUGGAGUGCGGCUACGAGAGCUGGCGCAUCGACACUUUCCUGGAUAUCCCACUUGUCAUCAGACCUUAUGGCUCCAGCACGGCCUUUGGCAGCGUGGAAGAAGCAUUGCACGCCUUCAUUCAGCCCGAGACACUGGACGGUCCUAACCAAUACUUCUGUGAGCGCUGCAAGAAGAAAUGCGACGCCAGGAAGGGGCUGCGGUUUUUGCACUUUCCUUACCUCCUGACUCUGCAGCUGAAGAGAUUCGACUUCGAUUACACCAGCAUGCACCGCAUCAAGCUGAACGACCGUAUGACCUUCCCCGAAGAGCUGGACAUGAGUCCUUUCAUCGAUGUGGAGGACGAGAAGUCCCCUCAGACGGAGAGCUGUACGGACAGCGGGGCAGAGAACGAGGGGAGCUGUCACAGCGACCAGAUGAGCAAUGAUUUCUGCACGGAUGACGCCCUGGAUGAAGGGAUUUGUCUCGAAAGCAGCAACAGCGUUGACAAGCCAAACAAAUCAUCGGAAAAGAAUUCUUUGUAUGAACUCUUCUCUGUGAUGGUCCAUUCAGGCAGCGCUGCCGGCGGACAUUACUAUGCCUGUAUCAAGUCUUUCGCUGAUGACCAGUGGUAUAGCUUCAAUGAUCAGCAUGUCAGUCGGAUCACUCCAGAGGAUAUAAAGAAAACCUAUGGCGGGUCUACAGGAAGCCGCGGAUACUACUCCAGUGCCUUCGCUAGUUCUACUAAUGCAUAUAUGCUAAUGUACCGUCUGAAGAACCCGGCCAGAAAUUCAAAGUUUCUUGAGGCCUCAGAAUUUCCGGAUCACAUAAAACAUCUGGUGCAUAAAGAGAUGGAACAAGAGGAGGAAGAGAAGCGUCAGCGGGAGAUUGAGCGCAAUACGUGUAAACUGAAGCUUUUCUGCAUGCAUCCUGUCAAACAAAUCCUGAUGGAGAACAAGCUGGAAGUUCACAAGGACAAGACCAUGAAGGAAGCCGUGGAGAUCGCCUAUAAGAUUAUGGAUUUGGAAGGUGUCAUUCCCCUUGACUGUUGCCGAUUAGUGAAAUACGACGAGUUUCACGACUACUUAGAGCGAUCGUACGAGGACGAAGAAGACCGGCCAAUGGGGCUCCUGCUCGGCGGCGUCAAGUCCUCCUACAUGUUUGAUCUCCUCCUGGAAACGAAGCGGCCGGACCAAGUUUUUCAGUCUUAUAAACCUGGAGAGGUGAUGGUGAAGGUGUAUGUGGUGGAACUGAAGACGGAAACCAUUGCUCCUCCGGUCAGCAUCCGCGCCUAUCUCAGUCAGACCAUCCAGGAGUUUAAGCAGCUUAUAUCUAAGAGCAUAGAUCUGCAUCCUGAACACAUGCGGAUCGUUCUGGAGCGCUGUUACAAUGACCUGCGCCUUCUCAGUGUGCCCAACAAGACGCUGAAGGCCGAGGGGUUCUUCAGAAGCAAUAAGGUGUUUGUAGAGAGCUCUGACUCCACCGACCACCAGCUGCAGUUUCCCGAUUCGCACUUGUGGAAGCUUCUAGACCGUCACGCCAACACCAUCAGACUGUACGUUUCGUUACCUGAACACGCGCCGGGGCCUCAAGCCAGCCGCUCCUCCUGCCCAAAGCCAUGCGGGAACCCGGGGCACCAGGAUGAGUUUUGCAGCGGCGGCAAAUCCGUGGAAGCCAUAUUGGAGGAAAGCACCGAAAAACUGAAGUCCCUCUCUCUCCAGCAGCAGGAAGAGAGCGGGAACGGGGACAGCAGUAAGAGCACGGAGGGCAGCGACUUCGAAAACAUUGACUCUCCGCUCAACGAGGCGGAUUCCUCGGGCUCGGCCGACAACAGAGAUCUGGAGAACCGGAUUCUCCCGGCCGACCCCGAAAACAACUUCCCAUCGGAAGAGCGGUCGGACUCUGAUAUUAAUAAUGACCGGAGCACCAGCUCGGUGGACAGCGACAUCCUCAGCUCAAGCCAUAGCAGUGACACUCUGUGCAAUGCGGACAAUGCCCCCAUCCCCCUGGCCAACGGGCUCGACUCUCACAGUAUCACCAGCAGCCGGAGGUCCAAAGCCAAUGAAGGAAAGAAGGAAACCUGGGACACGGCCGAGGAGGAUUCCGGGACCGACAGCGAAUACGACGAGAGCGGGAAGAGCAGGGGGGACGCCCAGUACAUGUAUUUCAAAGCAGAGAUGCAUUCUGGGGAGGAAGGGACCGGGGAAGGACACAAAUGUUUAUUGGUGAAUGUAGAUAAAAGAAUCACCCUCUCUGCUUUCAAGCAGCAGCUGGAGCCCUUUGUGGGGGUCCCGUCCUCCCAGUUUAAAGUCUUCCGCGUCUACGCCAGCAACCAGGAGUUCGAAAGCGUCCGGCUGAACGAAACCCUCUCCUCCUUCUCUGAUGACAACAAGAUCACUAUCCGGCUCGGCAGGGCCCUGAAGAAAGGAGAGUACAGGGUUAAAGUGUUCCAGCUCCUGCUGAACGAGACUGAGCCAUGUAAGUUCCUGCUGGACGCCGUGUUCACCAAAGGGAUGAGCGUGCGACAGUCCAAGGAGGAGCUGAUCCCUCAGCUCAGGGAGCAGUGCGGCCUGGAGCUCUCUAUAGACAGAUUCCGUUUACGGAAGAAGACUUGGAAGAACCCGGGAACAGUAUUCCUCGAUUACCACGUGUACGAGAACGAGAUUAGUAUUUCGAGCAACUGGGAAGUGUUCUUGGAAGUGCUGGAAGAGAGUGAGAAGAUGAAGUCCAUGUCCCAGCUGUCUCUGCUCACCAAGAGGUGGAGGCCGUCUCGGCUCACGCUGGACCCGUUCCAGGAGAUCGUGCUGGAGACCAAUAGUGUAAUGGAGCUGAGGGAGAAGAUGUGUGAGCUCAGCGGGAUCUCACUGGAGAACUUAGAGUUUGCAAAGGGCCGAGGAACCUUCCCCUGUGACAUAUCUGUUCUGGAGAUACACCAGGAAUUAGACUGGAACCCGAAAGUGUCGACACUGAAUGCCUGGCCUCUGUACAUCUCCGAUGAUGGCGCCGUCAUAUUCUACAGGGAUAAAACGGAGGAGCUGGUGGAGUUAUCGGACGAGCAGAGGAGCGAGCUGAUGAAGAAGGAAAGCAGCCGGCUGCAAAAAACUGGACACCGCGUGACUUACUCCCCUCGCAAAGAGAAGGCGCUGAAAAUCUAUCUGGAUGGAGCGUCCAAUAAAGACGCCGCCCAAGACUGACGCCCCCAACCACGCACCCGGCCAUAUUGGCGAGCCACGUUUCUUGUGCUCUAGACAGGUUUCACUGCCGCACUAAUGGCGCCUCUCAGUGGUGGGGAGAGAUAAUAAUAAUAAUAAUGAGUGUGAAGCUAUGACACCAGCACUGAUUGGUCCGCUGUCUAAGCCAAUCAGCAGCCUAGUAACCUUCGGGGUUCCUUUUUUUUGUUUGUGACUUCUAAUCAUGUUCUGCACUAUUGGUCGAUUAAACUGUAAAGGGAUGUGCAAAUAAGAAUCGAGAUAUAUUUAAAGAUGUAUUAAGUUAAAGCAAAGCCGGGUGCAGCGGAGGAAGGGGCAUCACCUAGCUCAGGUAAGGCGGCGCGCGCGCGAGGCUACAGCCCUGGAUGGCGUCAGGCUCUUAUAUAGGGGGGGUGGGGGUUUUCGGGAGAGGAAAAAGAAUGAAGCCUGGACACUUUUAUUUUGCUGAUACACACAUUACCUCAUUGAAUGGCGGAGAGUUGUAUAGCGUGCGAGUCUGUAUGUGAGCGAGAGCCGCCCCCCCGAUACUGCUGUAUAAAAGAAAAAGGGGCUGGUCUCUCGCCCGCCCGUGGGGUGAGAGGGUGACAGGGCGCUACGUUUGUGACCGAUGAGGUAUAGAAUGUGAGGCUGGUAGGUAGCAAUAGGUAUUGCAGCUCUGUAAGUGCUGUAGAACUACAAGUCCCAGGAGGAGGGUCAUACAGGUAAGGAACAUUUGCUGUCUCCUUAUGAGUAUACAGGGCCAGUCCAGUUUGGGGAUAUAGAUAUAUAUAUUUAGCUUUAAAGUGCAACCACAACAUUGUGGUGAUGGCAUCCUGCCGCCGCAGCAGCAUUGUGGUGAUGGCAUCCUGCCGCCGCAGCACCAUUGUGGUGAUGGCAUCCUGCCGCCGCAGCAACAUUGUGGUGAUGGCUUCCUGCCGCCGCAGCAACAUUGUAAUAGUGGUAUCUUGCUGCCACAAAAACGUUGUGAUUGCAUCCUGCCUCCGCAGCAGCAUUGAGAUGGUAUCCUGCCACAGCAGCAACGUUGUGGUGAUGGUAUCCUGCCGCCGCAGCAACAUUGUGAUAGUGGUAUCCUGCCGCAGCAGCAACAUUGUGACAGUGGUAUCCUGUCGCAGCAUCAACAUUUUAAUGGCAUCCUGCCGCCGCAGCAACGUUGUGGUUGCACUUUAAAGGGAGAUGGUGGUCGUCCAGGAUUAGAAAAAACAAAACUACAUGCAUCCAGAAACAGCGCCACCCCCUGUGCAUGGCUUGUAUUUAGUAUUUGCACAAUCUAUGACGCUCUUUUUGGAUAAAAGUAAGCCGUGUUUUUCCUAAUCUUCUAACAGACCUCGUGUUAAAAUUUCAUACAAUUAUUAUAUAUUUUUUUUUUUAUAUAAGAUCCCUGCUUGCUGUCAGUGAUGGGAAACAUUGUUUACAUCCAGAAGGCUGAGAAUCUGCGCCCAUACGGCACCUGCCUUGUUACUAUGUAUCACUGUAAAGACUGGGUGUAGUGCAGGUUUACGCCUGUGCGUUUUACGGUUUCUAUUCACUGACAGCAAGCAGAGAACUUUAAAGGGGUACUCCGACUAUACAAAGGGUAUACCCUAUCCACAGGGUAGGGUACUGUAUUCCAAACAAACUACAUCUCCCAGAAUGCCCAGACUGUCAAAGACUUUGUCCUAGGGUGAAACUAUGGGGUUUCUGUACAAAUUCAGAGUCUAUAGCACUGUGGACCAACCAGUGUGCCUCCAGCUGUUGUAAAACUACAACUCCCAGCAUGCCCGGACAGCCAACGGCUGUCCGGGCAUGCUGGGAGUUGUAGUUUUACAACAGCUGGAGGCUUCUUGGUUGGAAAAUACUUCCCUAGCUUGUCAAAAGCAGCAUUUCAGUGCUUAGUGUAACUCUUUCCUUGCUGUUGCAGUUUCUUUCAUUUCUGCUCACACAGCACCUGGGCAUUCUGGGAGUUGUAGUAUAGCAACAGCUGGAGACACACUAGUUGGGCAACACAGCCUUAGACUUUGUGACGAUCGCUGCGGCCAGUGUUUGGCGAACAAAGGCGGGAUGUCGCUAAAACCCCUCCCACAGCAUAGAGCAUACGCUUUGCAUAAUCGGAGCACCCCUUUAAAAUGACAUCAAUACUAUAUUUUAGAAACUAUACUUCGGGGAGGGGGGAGCGUAUAGCGCACAAUAAAUGUCAGAAUGAGGAUGUAUAAUCCUUGUGUAUGUAUGUGUGCCUGCUGGGACUUGUAGUUCUACAGCAGCCGGAGAACCGCUGGUUGCCUCGCUUUUGCAAUAGAGCAAUUUUCUUCUACUGUGUUUCAUUCAGAGUGUAAAUAGAAAUUUGUCCCCCCCUCCCCCUUGUCCCAAAACAGAAGCGGUCCCCCCCCCAAUCCUCCAUAUUGACACUGUGUACAUCGGACACUUCUGCUGCCUAUUUAAGUUGUUUUCGUUUCCC